AGGAGGUGGAGGAGCCAUUUUGUACUCAUUUUAAACCCAGUGUGGCUGCGCGCCGUGGAGGUUCGGACACCAUGGAUGCCGGGCGUGUUUCCCCGCGGUAAAACUUCACCAUGAGGGACAAAAGUAAAACGCGGUGCUGGGAGAGGCAGCCUUAAUCCAGCGGAGGAGUUUUCGCUCAACUUGUCUGGGCUCCGGCAGGUAGAAGCGGGCAUGGAGCUGCCGAUGUGCCGCUGGGUUUGUUUCCUGCUGACUGCGCCUCUCCUCGCGGGGUGUUUGGAGAUGCACCUCUCCGAGUCUUCACCUCCGGGGAGCCUCCUGGCGAACCUGUCGCUCGGUCCCGGGUGGACUUACAAACUGGACAGGACUUUGUCUCCCGGCUUCAUCCAGAACUUUUUCCACGUCGAGAGGCACGGCGGGGAGGUCCGCCUGUCCCGCACGGCUCUGUGCGCGCGCACGCCCAGGAACCCAGCGCCUGUUUAUUUCAGGGCAGGUUCCCCCGAGUCUGGAGACACUGUCACGCGUUUUAACGUGUUCGUCCACGGACAGGACUGUUUUAUUAAAUACAAAAGAAAGAGAGCAUCAAGUAAGGCAGAUUUUCACAUUAAACACUUUUUAAAACUGAAGGCAACUACCUGUGUGCAUACAGGUGAAAUGUUAUUGAAUGUAACUGAACUUUUGCCAACUUUUGCUCGGAGCUUUGCCCCUUUAAACAGUAAAUGUGUUGGAAAAGACUUUGUUGCCGUGUUGAGAGAGGGAGUUUUGUUCCUGGUCAACGACUUGUGUCUGGAGCUGGGAGAAAAGCUGGUUUUGCACUGCACUCUGCACGACAGACUUUCUGUGCAGCUGAGUUUCACACUUGAACAUGAACACAGAGCCCACAUAAAGCCCGAUCAACCCGCGCCCAGGAGGAAGCGACAAGUUAACAGCUCUCCUCAGUUCCAGCUCAACAACUAUCAGGUGUCUGUGCCCGAGAACGAGCCCCCAGGCACCCGGGUCAUCACCCUGAAAGCAACCGACCCGGAUGAUGGCGAGGCAGGGAGGCUGGAAUACAGCAUGGAGGCUUUAUUUGACAAGAGGUCGGAUAACUUUUUCCAAAUUGAUGCGAAGUCGGGGAGCAUAACAACCAUCCAGGCACUCGACAGAGAGGUCAAAGACACUCACGUGUUCAAGGUCACUGCCACCGACGACGGCACCCCCAAAAGGUCCGCUGCUUCUUACCUCACCGUCACAGUGAGCGACAAAAACGACCACAUCCCUGCUUUCGAGCAAAAAGAUUACCGGGUCAGCAUUAGGGAGAACGUGGAGGUCGGCUUCGAGGUGAUAACAGUCCGCGCCACYGACGGCGAUGCCCCCUCCAACGCCAACAUGAUUUAUAAAAUCGUCAACAAAGACGGCAUAAACUCCGUGUUUGAAAUCGACCCUCAGACAGGCCUGGUGAGGAUAAGGGAGCGGCCCGACAGGGAGACCCAAGCCCAGUACAAGCUGAUCGUCGAGGCCAAUGAUCAAGGCAAAGACCCCCAUCCUUUAACCGCCACCGCUACCGUUCACAUCACCGUGGAGGAUGAGAACGACAACUAUCCGCAGUUCAGCGAGAAGAGGUACGUCGUUCAGGUCAGAGAAGACAUUGCCGUCGACACAAAGAUCACCCGGGUGGAAGCAACGGAUAAAGAUGAGGGAAACAACGCCAAAGUUCACUACAGCAUCAUCAGCGGCAACAUUAAAGGUCAAUUCUACAUUCACUCCCCCACCGGUGUGAUCAGCGUCAUGAACCCUCUAGACUACGAGAUGAUUCGGGAGUAUAACCUUCGGAUUAAAGCUCAGGACGGUGGCAGGCCUCCACUGAUAAAUGGCACUGGGAUGGUAGUGGUACAAGUGGUGGAUGUCAAUGACAACCCCCCCAUGUUUGUUAGCACACCUUUCCAGGCUACGGUGUUGGAAAACAUGCCUGUUGGAUAUUCUGUUAUCCACAUUCAAGCAAUCGAUAGCGACUCUGGAGAGAACGCUCGCCUGGAGUACCGACUCACGGACACCCUGCCAGAUUUUCCCUUCACCAUCAACAACAGCACUGGUUGGAUUACGGUGGGCAAAGAACUGGACAGGGAGAUGACUGAGUUCUACACUUUUGGCGUGCAAGCGAGGGAUCACGGGAUGCCGGUGAUGUCCUCAGCAGCUAGCGUCAGCAUCACUGUGCUCGACGUGAACGACAACAAGCCCACGUUUACCGAGAAGACGUACUCGCUGAAGAUCAAUGAAGACUCCGUAGUGGGGACCAGCGUGUUGACGGUGACGGCCAUAGAUAAGGACAUCAACAGUGUGGUGACGUAUCAGAUCUCCAGCGGCAACACCAGAAACCGCUUCGCCAUCACCAGCCAGAGCGGCGGCGGUCUCAUCACCUUGGCGCUCCCCCUGGAUUACAAGCAGGAGCGGCAGUUCGUCCUGACGGUGACCGCCAGCGAUGGAACGCGCUCCGACAUGGCUCAGGUGUUCAUCAACGUGACGGACGCCAACACGCACCGGCCCGUCUUCCAAAGCGCCAACUACCAGGUGACGCUCAGCGAGUCGAAGCCGGUGGGCUCCACCGUGGUGGUGAUCAGUGCAACAGAUGAGGACACGGGGGAGAACGCUCGCAUUACAUAUGUCAUGGAGGACAACGUUCCUCAGUUUAAAAUUGACCCGGAUACAGGUGCCAUCACAACACAAAUUGAGAUAGACUACGAAGACCAGGCGUCCUACACUUUAGCAAUUAUUGCCAGAGACAAUGGCAUCCCUCAGAAGUCUGAUACCACCUAUGUGGAGAUAAUCAUUCUGGACGCUAAUGAUAAUACCCCCCAGUUCCUCAGAGAUGUUUACCAAGGGACUGUACCUGAAGAUGCACCAAGGUACACCAGUGUACUCCAGAUCUCUGCUUCAGACAGAGAUUCUGGCGCUAACAGCAGGGUGAGCUACAGCUUUCAAGGUGGCGACGAUGGAGUGGAGGAUUUUAUGAUUGAGGCUAACUCUGGCAUCAUCAGGACCAACCGUAAAUUGGACCGCGAGAAUGUUCCUGUCUACAAUUUGAAGGCCUUCGCUGUGGAUCGGGGUGUUCCUCCUCUGACAGCAACUGUUUCCGUUAAUAUAGUUGUCAAAGACAUAAAUGACAAUGCUCCGGUGUUUGAGAAGGAUGUGCUUUUCAUCGACGUGGAGGAGAACAGCCGGGUGAAUACCGUCGUAGCCCGAAUCAAUGCCACCGACCCAGACGAGGGCACCAAUGCUCAGAUCAUGUACCAGAUCAUAGAAGGGAAUAACCCUGAAGUUUUUCAGYUGGACAUGGGUAACGGAGACCUCACUGUGCUCACAAACUUGGAUUAUGAGACCAAAACCGAGUACGUCAUCGUGGUCCAGGCCACGUCAGCGCCGCUAGUGAGCCGGGCCACCGUGCACAUCCGCCUGAAGGACAUGAACGACAACCAACCCGUUCUGCAGAACUUCGAGAUCAUUUUUAACAACUACGUGACCAACAAGUCCAACAGUUUCCCAACAGGAAUUAUCGGAAAGGUACCAGCUCACGACCCGGAUGUGUCGGAUACGCUACGGUACAAGUUCGAAUCUGGGAAUGAGCUCAGUCUGCUGCUGUUGAAUGAAGACACCGGGGAUCUGAGACUCAGCAGGAAUCUGGACAACGACAGGCCUCUGGAAGCACCCAUGACCAUUUCUGUCACAGAUGGUCUCCAUAGGGUCGUUGCUCUCUGCACCCUGCGUGUCACYAUCAUCACCGACGACAUGUUGACCAACAGCAUCACGGUCCGCCUGGAGAACAUGUCGCAGGAGCGCUUCCUCUCCCCCCUGCUCAGCCUCUUCCUGGAAGGCGUGGCGGCCGUGCUCUCCACAAAACGGGAAGCCGUGUUCGUGUUCAACAUCCAGAACGACACCGACGUCCAAGGCUCCAUCCUUAAUGUGACUUUCUCGGCGCUGCAGCCGGGAGGCGCCUCGGGUAAAGGGACGUUUUUCCCUUCGGAGGAGCUGCAGGAGCAGAUCUACCUCAACCGGACUCUGCUCAGGCUGAUAUCCUCUCAGGAGGUUUUACCAUUCGAUGAUAAUAUCUGCCUGCGAGAGCCCUGUGAGAACUACAUGAAGUGUGUGUCGGUGCUGAAGUUCGACAGCUCCCCGCCCUUCAUUGCCUCAAACACGGUUCUGUUUCGGCCCAUCCACCCCAUCAACGGGCUCCGGUGCCGCUGCCCAGUUGGUUUUACCGGAGACUAUUGCGAGACGGAGAUAGACCUCUGCUACUCUGGACCAUGUAAGAACAAUGGGAGGUGCCGCAGACGGGAGGGGGGAUACACCUGCGAGUGUCAGGAAGACUUCACUGGCGAACAUUGUGAGCUGAAUGCGUCCUCGGGCCAGUGCGUACCCGGUGUGUGUAAGAACGGUGGGCAGUGUGUGAACCGGCUCACGGGUGGUUUCACCUGUCAGUGUCCGAAGGAGUACGAGACCCCCUACUGUGAGAUGACCACCCGCAGCUUCCCGGGACAAUCGUUUAUCACCUUCAGAGGACUGCGCCAGAGGUUCCACUUCACCGUCUCCUUCACGUUUGCCACCAGAGAAAGGAACGCCCUGCUCCUCUACAACGGCAGGUUCAACGAGAAGCAUGACUUCAUCGCCCUGGAGAUCAUAGAUGAACAGAUCCAGCUGACUUACUCUGGAGGUGAGACAAAGACCACGGUGUCUCCCUACGUCUCAGGUGGAGUCAGUGAUGGCCAGUGGCACUCGGUCCACCUCCAUUACUACAACAAGGAAGGGGGGAGUCUGGUGGACUCUAGUGGGGGUCUGCGUGUCCCGCUUUAUACUGCCUGGCUGGAGCUCGAUCAGAAAGAGCCUAACAUCGGCCGUCUUGGCGUCCCUCACGGACCCUCUGCAGAAAAGGUGGCGGUGGUGGCCGUGGAUGACUGCGACAUCUCCAUGGCCAUCGACUUCAGAGAGAAGAUCAGCAACUACUCRUGUGCCGCGAGGGGCACCCAGAUCGGACAGAAGAAAUCACUGGAUCUGACUGGUCCGCUGCUGCUCGGUGGCGUUCCCAACCUUCCCGAGGACUUCCCGGUCAGGAACAGGAACUUCGUGGGCUGCAUGAGAAACCUGACCAUCGACAGCAAAGCCAUCGACAUGGCCAGCUACAUCGCCAACAACGGCACCGCUCCAGGUUGCCCGGCCAAGCAGAACAACUGCACGGACGGCGUGUGUCUGAACGGAGGCGUGUGUGUCAGCAAGUGGAACACCUACAGCUGUGACUGUCCCACGGGGUAUGGGGGCAAAAACUGCGAACAAGCGAUGCCGUCUCCRCAGUUCUUCGACGGCCAGGCUCUGGUGUCGUGGAGCGAGCCGGACAUUACCGUUGCUGUGCCCUGGUACAUGGGCCUCAUGUUCCGGACCAGGCAGCCUGCCGGGACCCUCAUGCAGGUCAACGCUGGACCCUCCUCCACCAUCAACCUCAUGGUGAGCAAGCAGCAGGUCCGAAUGGAGGUCCUGCUCAGGCAGCAGCUGCUGGCGUCGCUCAACUUCCCGCAAGUUCGCGUCAACGACGGAGAGUGGCACCACUUGCUGGUGGAGCUGAAAAGCGUUAAAGACGGCAAAGACUUCAAAUACAUGGCUGCCGUGUCUCUGGAUUACGACAUGUACAAGAAGUCGGUGGAGAUCGGCAACGACUUGCCAGGCCUGAAGCUGCAGACSCUUCAUGUCGGAGGGCUGCCCGGGGAGGGAAACCUCGUCAAGAAAGGAUUUGUCGGCUGCAUACAGGGCGUGCGCAUGGGCGAGACCUCCACCAACGUGGCCAAYGUGAACAUGGCCCAGGGCUUGAAGAUCCACGUGGAGGACGGCUGCAGCCUGGAGGACCCCUGCGACUCCAACAUUUGCCCCGAGAACAGCCACUGCAGCGACGACUGGAGCGCGCACAGCUGCGUCUGCGACCCGGGUUACUUCGGGAAGGAGUGCAAGGACGCUUGUGAACUCAACCCCUGCAAGCACGUCUCCACGUGUGUGCGCAAGCCGAGCUCCUCCCACGGAUACACCUGCGACUGUGGCCAGAACUUCUACGGCCAGUACUGUGAAAACGAAGUGGAGAAGCCGUGUCCUCAUGGUUGGUGGGGCGGUCUGGUGUGCGGACCCUGCAACUGCGACACGAGCAAAGGAUUUCACAAAGACUGCAACAAAACCACCGGAGAAUGCCGCUGCAAGGACAACCACUAUCGUCCGGCGGGUGAGGACACCUGCUAUCCCUGUGAUUGUUAUUCUGUCGGUUCCUCGUCUCGAUCCUGCCACCCCGACACCGGACAGUGCCCCUGCAAAGGAGGAGUCAUCGGGCGACAGUGUAACCGAUGUGAUAUCCCGUUUGCUGAAGUGACACCCACUGGUUGUGAGGUGGUGUAUGGAUUCUGUCCCAAAGCGUUUGAUGCUGGAAUCUGGUGGCCCAGGACCAAAUUUGGACUUCCUGCUGCCAUGAACUGUCCAAAAGGGUCUAUCGGCACCGCCAUUCGACACUGCAGUGAUGAGAAGGGCUGGUUGUCACCUGAGCUCUUCAACUGCACCACYGCCACCUUCUCUCAGCUGAAAAAAAUGAACGAGGACCUGCGUCGCAACAGUUCACAGAUGAACAGCGAUCACUCCAAAGCCAUCGUGCGUUUGCUUCACGGCGCCACGGAUAARAAGCCACAUUUCUUUGGGAACGACGUGAAAACGGCGUCCCAGCUGCUGAAUCACGUGCUGCGCUACGAGAGCCAGCAGUCCGGCUUCGACCUCAGCGCCAUGAAGGACGCRGAGUUCAAUGAGAAUUUAGUGCGAGCUGGCAGCGCCAUAUUAGAUCCUGACACCAAGGAGURCUGGGAGCAGAUCCAGAGGACGGAGGGCGGCACCGCACACCUGCUCCGMGGCUUUGAGGACUACGCCAACAUCYUGGCACAGAACGUCAGGAAGACCUACCUCAAACCCUUCACCAUCGUCACCGACAACAUGAUUCUAACCGUGGACUACUUGGAUGUGUCGGACCCCGAGAGAGCAACGUUGCCWCAUUUCCAGGACAUCCAAGAAACCUACCCCAAAGAGCUCAGGUCCUCUGUCCACUUUCCACACUUUAACCUACGUACUCACAUCCAAAAAGCAGAACCAACGCCUGGCCCUCUGACCCACACCGACCCCCCACAGGAGGAGGAGGAAGAGCACACRGUGUCUGAUAGAAAACGGCGCUACCUAGAGCCGGCUGCCCCUCUGCCCGUCGCUGUGGUCAUCGUGUACAAGUCUCUGGGUCAGCUCCUUCCAGAAAACUACGACCCCGACCGYAGGAGUCUGAGGCUCCCCAACCRUCCUGUGAUCAACACAGCCAUCGUCAGCGCCACAGUUCACAGCGAGGGCCCACCCCUUCCUCCCGUCCUGGACCCCCCCAUCACCUUGGAGUACACCCUGCUGGAGACAGAGGAGCGAACCAAACCUGUCUGUGUUUACUGGGACCACUCCAUUGGGAGCAAGGGUACCGGCGGCUGGUCCUCUAAAGGCUGCGAGGUGCUCAACAGGAACAAAAGUCACAUUAGCUGCCAGUGUGAUCACAUGACCAGCUUUGCAGUUCUGAUGGACAUUUCCAAAAGAGAGCAUAAAGAUGUCCUCCCGCUGAAGAUCGUCACCUACGCCACKGUGUCGGUCUCACUGUUCCUCCUCCUCCUCACCUUCAUCCUGCUGUGCGUCCUCUACCGGCUCCGCUCCAACCUGCUCGCCAUCCACAGGAACCUGGUGGCGACGCUCUUCUUCUCUGAGCUCGUCUUCCUGCUCGGCAUCAAUCAGACCGAAAACAUGUUCGUGUGCACGGUGAUCGCCAUCCUCCUCCAYUACUUCUACAUGUGCACGUUCGCCUGGAUGUUCGUGGAGGGGCUGCACAUCUACCGCAUGCUAACGGAGGCGCGCAACAUCAACCACGGCCACAUGAGGUUCUACUACGCCAUCGGCUGGGGCAUACCCGCCGUCAUCACCGGGUUGGCGGUCGGCCUCGAUCCUCAGGGUUAUGGAAACCCAGAUUUCUGCUGGCUUUCUGUCCACGACACCCUGAUCUGGAGCUUCGCAGGGCCCAUCUUUGUUGUCGUCCUGGUGAACAUAGUCAUCUUCAUUUUAGCUGCGAAGGCCUCCUGUGGUCGCCGGCAGAAAGCUGUGGAGAAGUCAGGAGCUGUUCCGGCGCUGCGCAUGGCCUUCUUCCUCCUGCUCCUCAUCGGCGCCACCUGGAUGCUCGGUUUACUGGCGGUCAACAGCGAUGUCAUCCUUUACCACUACCUGUUUGCCGUCUUCAGCUGCUUGCAGGGGGUCUUCAUCUUCUUCUUCCAUGUGAUCCUCAACAAAGAAGUGAGGAAGAACCUCAAGAACGUCCUCACCGGAAAGACGACUGUACAGGACAACUCCAGCACCACGAGGGCCUCCUUACUCACCCGCUCCCUCAACUGCAACUCAUUCCCUGAAGACGGCCCGCUGUUUCGCACCACCAUCGGCGAGUCCAACAUCUCCCUGGACAGCACGCUCAGGUCAGCCAAGAGCCGCAGCAGCUACCUGGCUUACACAUUCAGGGACGAGUCCGGUCAGAAGCCCAGCGUCUCCUCAGGGACAGCCAAAGGACACACGGAUCUGGACGGACCUCUUUUCCACAAAAACGGCUCCAAGGGAGACGACUCUGACUCGGACAGCGAGCUUUCCGUGGACGAGCACAGCUCCUCUUACGCCUCCUCCCACUCCUCCGACAGCGAGGACGACGACCUGGAYGUCAAGCAGAAAUGGAACAACGAGAGGCCCGUUCACAGCACCCCGAAAGGUGAUUCGUCCAAUCACGUGAAGCCGUACUGGCCGRUGGAUCCCACCACAGGCAGCGACAGCGAGGACCUGGGUGGGAUGGAGAGGCUGAGGGUGGAGACCAAGGUGAACGUGGAGCUGCACCUGGAAAAUAAGCUCAACCACGUGGGCGAACGAGAGAGGGAGGCGCCGAAAGACAGGGACCAGCAGGCGGCCGCUAAAGACGCUGCGCCUCCGUGUCAAGCCAACAGCAACCACCAACCAGAGCAGAGGAAAGGCAUCCUGAAGAACAAGAUCAGCUACCCUCCGCCGCUCGCCGACAAGAACAUGAAGAACCGUCUGAGGGAGAAGCUGAGCGACUACAACCCCCCCACCAUCACCUCCCCCCCGCCCAUCAAUAACAACCACAACACCUCGCCGCCGCCCGCCUCCUAUGUCAGCAUCACCUCCCCUUCGUCCCGCCUCUCCUCCCAGACGUCCGACGACGGAGGAGGAGGAGGAGUUGGUCGCACCGGCAACCACGACAACAGCAUCAAGGUGAAGCCGCCCGUCACCCCCCGGCCUCAGGCUCCUGUCGGGGCGCCGCCGCCRCCGGGGAUCUACCGGGAGACCAACGGGGGCGUGGCCAUGCACUUGAAGUCUGGGACGGUCAACGGGGGCAACGAGUCGGACUCAGA